GGAAAACUGAGCACAAAAUUCGAAUGCUGAAGUAUGUCAACACCGCCACCCAGCACUGCAUUGUGUUGUGAAGCUUUUGUUGAUCUGUGAGUUGUGAAAAGUGCGUUCAUUGUUAGUGAUCAUUAAUGGACAGUGUCUGAUUAGUAUCUGAAGGUUGAAUCUAGAAACUUCAUGAGCAUUCAACAUGUAUGUUUUGGAAGCAGAAUCAAAUUUUGCUGAUAUUCCAUAUGAAGUAGAAAAAAAAGUUGGAAAGUGCCCUAAAAGAAGAUGACAAUUGGAAAGCUGCUGCAGUCGUUAUAAAGACUGGUUUGCUGAAGAGACAGUAUUGAGCUCUGUUGACAUCCGUGAAAUGGAGCGAAGGGGCUCUGCAGCAAGGGAUUUAAUGAACAAAUUCAUUCAAUUGAACUUUUCAAUAGAAGAUGUUCAAUUCGUCCUUACAAAAAGUGGGCUCACAAACAUUGUAAAUCUUCUCAUAACAAAUGUGAAAGUGGAAUAUGGAUAUCCCGAAGAAGACCAGGAAGUUGCAGUACAGUUAGGGCAGCCAUAUAAGAUGGAAGUUAGACUUUUUGGAUCACCAUAUCCAGAAUUGCAGUGGUACUUCAAUGGUGUACCUCUUCCAGGAAAAACUGAAAGUAAAUUACUUCUUUGUCAGUUUUGUAAAAAUGAUGCAGGUAUUUAUCAGUGUCAAGCUAUGCAAAAUAUUCAAGGGAAGCUAGAGGAAUUCUGGUCUCAUACCAUUUCAUUAAGAGCAAAACCAUCAAAACCCACAGUUGUACUUGGAAAGGAUCUUAAGGAUGUGACUUGGAGGCAAAUAAAGAUCUUUUCUUGAGAUAUGAAGUGUUAGCUGAGCCAGAGCCUGUUUAUACAUGGUACAAGAAUGGAAAAGAAAUCCAAAAGGGUGCCAGUAACAUAAUUAAG